GAAGACUAGUCUGAAAGAGGAAGAAGAAUCUGUAUACAUUGGCUUGCAUAUGUGCCCUGCCCUUUCUUCUCUUGAAAAUAGCAGCAACCCCUCUUUCCAAAGAAGACUGCCUAAAGAGCAGAAACUCUGUGAAUGGAGUGGGCUUUCAGCACCAUCCAGGGGAUUCAGGUUCACUGUUAGCUCUCCAAGGAACGGGUAGAUUGAAUUUACUGAAGACUUGGAGCUUGCUUCUGAGAAUGAAUGCAGAAGGACCUUAAACUGUCAACCUUGAAGUUAGCAGCUUAGGCUUAAUCUGAUACUAAAUCAUAAGAAGCACUGACCACUAACCAGGAACAUUCGUGAAGGGUACUGCACUGCCAGAAAGAGGCACCAAGCAGCCAUUCCUAGAGAAACAUGGAUGGAGUUGGAAAUCUGACAGUAUUUUCUGCCAGUAAUAACAAAUGCAAUGACACUAUUGAUGACUUCCGCAAUCAAGUAUAUUCUACCUUGUACUCUAUGAUCUCCGUUGUGGGCUUCUUUGGCAAUGGCUUUGUGCUCUAUGUCCUCAUAAGAACAUAUCAUGAGAAGUCAGCCUUCCAAGUAUACAUGAUUAAUUUAGCAGUAGCUGAUCUACUGUGCGUAUGUACACUGCCUCUCCGUGUGGUCUAUUAUGUUCACAAAGGCGUUUGGCUCUUUGGUGACUUUUUGUGCCGCCUCAGCACCUAUGCCUUGUAUGUCAACCUCUACUGUAGCAUCUUCUUUAUGACAGCAAUGAGCUUUUUCCGAUGCAUUGCAAUUGUUUUCCCAGUCCAGAACGUUAAUUUGAUUACACAGAAAAAAGCCAGGUUUGUAUGUGCUGGCAUUUGGAUUUUUGUAAUUUUGACCAGUUCUCCAUUUUUAAUGUCCAAAUCUUACAAAGAUGAGAAAAACAAUACCAAGUGCUUUGAGCCUCCACAAGACCAUCAAGCUAAAAAUCAUGUUUUGGUCUUGCACUAUGUGUCAUUGUUUGUUGGAUUUAUCAUUCCUUUUGUUAUUAUAAUUGUCUGUUACACAAUGAUCAUUUUGACCUUACUAAAAAAUUCAAUGAAGAAAAAUCUAUCAAGUCGCAAAAAGGCUAUAGGAAUGAUCAUAGUCGUGACAGCUGCCUUUUUGAUCAGCUUCAUGCCAUAUCAUAUUCAACGCACCAUCCACCUUCAUUUUUUACACAAUGAAACUAAACCCUGUGAUUCUGUUCUUAGAAUGCAAAAGUCAGUGGUCAUAACCUUGUCUCUGGCUGCAUCAAAUUGUUGCUUUGACCCUGUCCUAUAUUUCUUUUCAGGGGGGAACUUUAGGAGAAGGCUGUCUACAUUUAGAAAGCAUUCUUUGUCCAGCAUGACUUAUGUACCCAAGAAGAAGGUCUCCUUGCCAGAAAAAGGAGAAGAAAUAUAAAAAGAAUAGUUUAAACCUAUCUCUAUGAAUGAAAAGAGCUUCCCAAACAAGUAUUUUCUCAAAUCAUUUACAAUAAAAAUAAGAAUUUCCAUUGAUAAUUUACACAACUGAAUGUGUGUGUAUAAAUGUCUCAUUUAUGUAUCCACAUUAUUAGAGGUGCUAAAAAGAUUUUGUGUUAAAAAUUCAGUCCACAACUAUGAACUAAAUUAUAAAUUUUUUUGAUGAUUCAUCAAAAGAUGGAUAAUAUUAAUGUCUUGGCACUAUAAAAAACUGUCCUGAGAUCAAGUUUUUCCCCCUCAAAUAAAAGCUUUACAAAGGAUAAGAACUAGCCUUUUAGGAUAUAAAAUUAGCAAAUAGUAAUCAAUCAUCCUAACAUAUCCCUUUGCGUGCAUGCCCUCAGAUGAGAACUGAAAUGAUCCAGGAGCUACAUAAAAUAUACUGUCACUCUCUUCCUUUGUAGCAUUGACUGGCUAGGCAAAAUAGGGCCAUUUCUUUAAAAAGAGAAUGUGCAAGUGCUAGAACAGCCUGGUAUUCAGCCAAAUGGCCCUAAAGACUCCAUGCAAUGCACAAUCUGGAAACUGAGGAAGAUAAACCUGGUCAAGGGCUAGUUUGUGUCUAAUUUUCUUUUGCUCCUCUCUCAGGCCCCCAAAAGAGAAUGGUAGAGUUUUUGUUGCUCACUGAGAUUCUUAUAGGGAAUUCUCUCCCUACAAGACAUACAAUCCUUCCUUAAGAAACCAGACAACUGGCACUCCAAUAUAUGAACAGAAGUAAUUAAAAAUUUAUCUAAGGAAGAGUAAAGGAGUCUACUUUUCUACAUGCUUAUUACUGCGAUCAAAAUUAACUACAAUAGGUUUCUGAAUAAAAAUUUGAAUGUUGAUAUUACAAAUUGUUUUAAGAAGUACUUAUAUUUAUGCAUAUGUGUAUAACUAUAUGUAAGAGGUUUUGCUCUACGAUAUGCAUUUAUGAGUGGAAGUUAAUUAUAAGUUUUAUUAUUGUUUUAUGCUUUUUACUUUUUUAUUGGCAUGUCAACAGGAAUAUCAAGGAUAUGUUUACAGUGGCUUUUAUAUUACAGUGGAAGCUUUGUUCUUAAAACAGCAACCACAACUUGAUUAUGGCUGAAAUAUAAUAUUCAUGGGCAAGCUUUUGCCAAAGUGUGUUCUGUUUAUUAAUUCUGUAUUUCAAAAGGCACAUUACCUCAAAGGAAAUAAAUGAUAGUGGUGAAGAAAAAGGAAAGCUAUGAAAAGAGAAGUUCUAUCUGAAUCUGCCACGUGUAUGUUAUUUCUAUUUCACUUCUAAUAGUGCAAUUCCUUAGGGAAAAAACUCAAAACAUAAAGACAGAGAACCUUUAAAGCAUAGGAAUAACUGAUGCCCAUUUAUUUUUGUUUAACAUACCUGAGAUUUGGCAGUACCUAUACUUUUACCCUAUACCAUUUUUUCCUUGUAGAUCAAACAUAAUAUUUAUCAUAAAAGUCAGUCCUCAUUUCUCAUUUACUAAGCUUUCUGCUAUUCGGUAAGUAUAGUGUGGUAGAAGAGAACUACACUGGAAGCCAAAAGAUCUGGAUGCUAAUCUGGUCUCUUAUUACUUACUAGUGGUGUAACUUAAAAGCAAGUGACAUAAACUCUGAUCCUCAGCUUCCUCAUUUGUAAAAUGGGAAUAAUACUAUUUGUCCUGCCUUUCUUA